UCGUAGGAGCAGCGCGUGCGCCUGGACGGGGCCCCCCGAGCGCGAGUCCCCUCAGCGCACCGCCGCGCUCUCCUUCCCCUCGCCCCCGUGUCCUCCCCCGCUCCCCGGAGCGCCGCGCUGGGGGUCGCCGGGGCGAGACGAUGGAGGAGCCGCAGCGCGGCCGCUCGCACACCGUCACCACAACUACCAGCUCCUUCGCCGAGAACUUCUCCACCACCAGCAGCAGCUUCGCUUACGACCGCGAGUUCCUCCGCACCGCGCCGGGGCUCCUCAUCGUGGCCGAGAUCGUCCUGGGACUGCUGGUAUGGACACUGAUUGCUGGCACGGAGUACUUCCGGGUCCCAGCGUUUGGCUGGGUCAUGUUUGUCGCUGUGUUUUACUGGGUGCUCACUGUCUUCUUCCUCAUCCUCUACAUAACCAUGACCUACACCAGGAUUCCCCAGGUGCCCUGGACUACAGUGGGCCUGUGCUUUAACAGCAGUGCCUUCAUCUUAUACCUCUCGGCGGCCGUCGUUGAUGCCUCGUGUGUCUCCCCGGAGAGGGACAGUCACAACUCCAACAGCUGGGCUGCCUCAUCGUUCUUUGCCUUCCUGGUCACCAUCUGCUACGCUGGAAACACCUAUUUCAGUUUUAUAGCAUGGAGGUCCAGGACUGCGCAGUGAUGGGCCAUGUGGAUACAUUAAAAGGAAAAGAAGAAUCUCACUGUCCCAGCAGCUGUAGGUAUGAUGUACAAUAUUCCUAGAGAACUGUAUUUAAUGAACAUUUUUGUAUACUGAGCUCAACUGGCCAGCCGUGGCUGGUUUACAAUUACACUGGAUCCUGAUUUGCAGAACGCUGCAGCCUCUAAUGCAUUCACUCGUUCGGUGUCUUUUCUGAUG